AUGGGGGCUCCUGGAACCAAUCCCAUGCGGACACUGAGGGCAACUGUGUCUUACAAAUGUAACCUCCACCCAGACAGAGAGAUGACCGUCAGCCUCACUGGGGAAGGCACCACCCGCUGCACCAGUGACAGUCAGGGAAACAGGGUUUGGAGCAGCCCUUCCCUGCACUGUGAACUUUCUUGUCCUACUGGUCAGUGCACAUUUCCCCAUGCCCGAGAAGGAUCAGUCUGCACACUGAGGAGUCAGAGACAGUCAGGGUGCAAGCGGGAGGUGCAAAGCUCCCCGCGCACAGGGAGGGUUAGACCCGCACCAGGGCCACGCCCCGCUCCUCCAGGCCUAAGCGCCGCCCCGGAGCCGAGUCCCCGCCUUGCCGCCCGCCCAAUUGCCUCGCCAAGCCCUCACUUCCGCCCCUGGCGCGGCCCAGGCCACGCCCACCUGCGUGACAGCACUUGGCACUGUGAGCCUGGAGAGAGUGUGCGCCCUGGCGGCGAAUUAGUGCCCAAGGAGGAGGCUUGGUGGGCACUGAGCGAUGCCUGUGGUGAUCCACCGAAAUUUGAAACUAUGAGGCUUCAGGGUGCCCCUAAAUCCAAUUAUAGGUCUGGGGACAGUAUAGAAUAUGAAUGUCGCCUAGGUUUCCAGCCCAUGGCUCCUCCUCUUCCCACCUCUGCUGUUUGUCAGGAUGAUAAUACAUGGUUACCUCUCCAGGAGGCCUGUGCAAGAAAAUCAUGUCCUAAUCUAAAAGAUCCUGUAAAUGGCCAAAUUAACUAUGUAAAUGGAAGUAGUCUGUUUGGUUCACAGGCUCACUUUGUUUGUAAUGAGGGUUAUUACAUGGUUGGAUCAAGAAUUCUAUACUGUGACAUUAUUGGUAAUAAUGUGAACUGGGAUGAUAAUCCUCCAGUAUGUGAAAGGAUUUUGUGUUUAGAACCUAAAAACAUAACAAAUGGAAGAUUCGCCAAUUACAAGGAGGAAUAUGAAUAUAAUGAAACAGUAACUUAUAGCUGUGAUCCUUCAGAUGGACCAGAUGAAUACUCACUUGUUGGAGAGAGAGUGCUUGUUUGUGUUUAUAGUGACAGAUGGAGUAGUGACCCUCCUCAGUGUAAAGUGGUGAAAUGUGAAUAUCCAGUUGUCGAACAUGGAAUGAUAGUAUCAGGAGUUAGAAAAAAAUUUUACUACAAAGCACAAGUUGUAUUUGAAUGUAACCAAGGUUUUUACCUUCAUGGCAACAACACAAUUGUCUGUGGCGCAAACAGUACUUGGGAGCCUGAGAUACCAAUGUGUACUAAAGGAACUUAG